AUAGAGAUCAUUUUCUGCGGUCUUUUGUGGUAGCGGGUUGUGAUCGGUACGUUUUCCAGUCCAGUGCCCCUCAGUUUCUCCUUUCCACCAUUUUCCAGAAGUUAGCUGAAUUGGGCAAGAGUUUAAGGGAAGACUAUCAAGAGCUUUCAAUAGGCAGAGUACCGAGAAAAAAGGCAGACUUAAUCAUGCCAGAAGAUAUACCUUGACCAUUUUGAAGGUACAAUUAUUGUAAUAGUGAAUAAGGAAGCCUUCAAGCUACAAAGUUUACUGCUCUGUAAGCAUAACAUUUCUUUGCUGCACUUUACUAUACCAAUGAUGCAAUUUACAUGCAUAUGUUGCAUGUAUGCCUGUCAUAGCCUACAUGAUGGAACAGCUACACAUCAAAUGAAGCUGACGGUUUCUAAGGCAUAACUGAGCGAUGCUGAAGCAUAUUUCCGUCAUGCAAAAACAAAGAUAAUGAUGAAAAGGGUUGGAUGCAUUAAACCAGAGCCAUGGAAAUGAUUUGAAUGGAUCCCUGCAAGUAUGCUAUCAAGUAUUUGAAUGGUUUGGUUGGAUUCUGUGUUUGAUGCUGGAUAUUUUCCUGGUUUUGUAGAUCGUGGUCAAGGUUUGUUGAUCAGGUUUACAAUUCAAGACCCAUGAGCUUUUCAAGAAAUCAGUCACAAGGUCACUAGAGUGUACAAGGAAAAAGAGCAUGCUGAGAUUGAACUUACUCUUAUGGUGCUAAAUUGAUGAGAAGUAAUUUAUCUUGGCGCAUUGGUGAUGGCAAGAUGGUCAAAUUCUGGUCUGAUACUUGGGUUUUGUCUGUGCCUCUUCUUCAGUUUGCUUUACCUCAUGCUGUCAUUAACUUGAGCUCUACUGUUUGUGAUUUUUGGUGUGAUACUGGGUGGAAUAUUGAAAUGCUUUCUGAUGUAGUUCCUCCUGAAGUUGUUAAUCAAAUUAUCAGCUUCCCUACUGGUUUUGAAGAUAGUGGUAAUGAUCAACUAAUUUGGAAGGCUACUUCUAAUGGAGUCUUUUCUGUCAAGUCUGCUUAUAUCUCUUCGUUUGAUAUGGCUGAGCCUCAACAUCAUUAUUGGAAAGUUGUUUGGAAGCUCAACUGCCUUCCUAAGUUAAAGACCUUUUUCUGGACUGUGCUUCACAAAAAAAUCCUUACUAAUGUUCAGAGAGUUAGAAGAAGAUUUACUACCUCUGCAGUUUGUCCCAUUUGCAACUCUGCUGAUGAGAGCUUACAUUCAGAGACUGUUACAGGUCUAAAGAGGUUUGGAAAUCUAUUUGCCCCUCUUCUCAUAUUUCUAACUCGUUUAUCUUGGGCUGGGAUAAUCUGGAUUUCUGCUCAAUUGUUUUGUCAAUCCAAGGUCAAGAAUGGUAUCAAAUGGUGCAACCUCUUUGUCUUUGUGUGCUGGUUCUUAUGGAAAUGGAGAAAUAAAAUUGUCUUUGAUUCUAGUUUUGUUAUGCCUGGAGAUCCUGCUUUAGUCAUUUGGAACUAUGUUGAGGAAUGGACUAGUGCUCAGUCUAAUCCAAGCAGUAGCAAUAUGUUCAAUGUCACUUAUCUUUCUUGGUUAAGACCUCCUGCAAAUUGUUUGAAGUUGAACAUUGAUGGUACUAGAAGUUCCUCUUCUGGAAAAAUUGGGGCUGGUGGGGUGCUGAGAGAUCAUGCUGGUAAUUGGAUCUUUGGUUGUCAGAUUAAUUUGGGGGUUGGUGAGGUUUUAUAUGCUGAAGCUUGGGGUUUGCUUUUUGGCCUGAAGCUGGUUGCUAAAUUUUAUUGUUCUGAUCUGGAGGUUGAGUCUGACUCUGCAGUUUUAGUGCAGCUUAUGCAGAAGAGGAGCUUUGAGUUGCACCCUCUUGGGUCUCUUCUCUCUGCUUGUUCUUCUUUUAUGUCCAAAAUGCCGAAUGUUAAGCUCUCUCAUAUUUUCAGAGAAUGCAAUAUGGUGGCUGACUCCCUUGCUAAAUGCAGCAUCACUCAUGAUCUUGGUCUUGUCACUUUCAACAGCCCUCCUGUGCAUGCUGUCCAGGCCUACCUUGAUGAUCUUGAUGGUGUAGUUAGAGCUAGAAGGACUGGAGUCUGUUCCAGUUCUUAGUCUUUUCUGUUUUUGUGUUUGGGUCUUUUAGGCCCCUCUUGUAAACAAAAAAAAAAAAGGGUUGAAACAACAUUCGUUAAGGGAAUUUAAUGCACCCCCAAUAAAACUGAAGCAUAAGAUGCAUUGUGUUCUCACUCUAAACAUAUAAAAAAUGACAAUUUCACU